AAAAAUAUUCAACGCUAAAACCAACCGAGCCGAAGAAAAAGCAGUUCACUUUCUGCGGGUUCUCCAGCCUGUUUUAUAGCGGAGACCAGAUCCUAUUGCUCACUUCCGGCCUCGGAAGCUAUUAAAUUGCUCCCUUCCCCCCGUUUUUUCCAGAAAUGCCAGUAAACCCGAAAAACCUGUAGCAGUACUUGGUUGCUGUGGAUUUCAACCAGCGUUUCUGGUCCAGUGUCGCUCAAGCUCAGAAAGUUUCUUUCAAUUUCUGCCUUUGUGAUUUUAUCUGUCUGGAACUUCUCUUUCCUCUGCUCUCAAACAGACAAGGAAGUGGGAACGCAUUUAUCACACCACUAGGGUUCCUGAUUUGAUGGCAGUUUGCUGUGUUGCUUAAUGCUUUCUACAUGGAUUUCUCACCCAAUUAUAGUCAUCAUGGUAACUCCUCCCCCAGGAAUGUAUUUCACCCCGUUAUCAAACAGGAACAGAACAUCUGUUGCACGGGUCUCUCUCUCUCAGCCGACCGGUGGCUUUGCAUUCAGAGUUGAUGCUGCAGGAAAAGGGUCAAAUUAAUUUCAGCCAGAGAACUUGUGUCUGGUCUCUUGUAGUCUCUGGUAUAAGAACAAAGCAGACGGUAACUCAAGGGACGAAACCUCAGGAAACUGAAGAACAUCACACUGGGACUGUCACAGCUGACCAGAAGUAAUUCUGUAGCAGUGGAAGAGUUGGUUGGACACUCGGGCAGCUCGGUUCCCAGCUAGUUCCAGAUGGAGAGGAAAGAUGAACAUGGGAAGCAUUACUCAACUGGAAAAGAAGAUAGGUGUUCAUGUGGCAAAAUUCUUAGACACAAGUCGAAAAUUGCAGCUGGAGUUUUCUUUCUUGCUGGAGUUUUCAGUUGUUGGACCGUGAUGGCAUUUAAAACCCAGCAGUCAUGCCCGCCCCCUAGACCUGACUCGUGUGCGGAUGGCUGGAUCGGGUACAAAGGGAAAUGCUACUAUUUCACAGAGGCCGAAGGGAACUGGACCUACAGCCGGAGCCGCUGCUCUGCCCUGGGUGCCUCCCUGGCUGGGAUCGACACCAAGCAGGACCUGGAUUUCAUGCUGCGGUAUAAAGGCACCACAGACCCGUGGAUAGGACUCCAGAGGGGCACUGAUCGUGAGUGGAAAUGGGUGAACGGCACCAAAUUCAACCUCCUGUUUGAAGUCAGGGGGGAUGCAGACUGUGCGUAUCUGAAGGAGACUGCAGUCAGCGCUUCGCGGUGCUACAUCAUGAGAAGCUGGAUCUGCAACAAACCCUAUGCCUCGUCAACGGAGGGAAGGUUCACGCAGACACACCAGGGAGAUGCCAGAGCUUAAGGACUUAAAUCGGUUCGACUCUGAAAACUGAGAGCAAACCGCUGCACUGUGGGAGCACCGAUGUGUCCUUUCUUGGGGUCUCGACAUCAAACGGGUUCUGUUUAACAGUGAACAGAUGCUGCUGGGGUUUCUCCCCCUCCUUUGCAAUCAGACCCACCAGCUUAUCUCUGAAAUCUGAGACUCAAACUGGGUUUUCUGUGACUCUCACAGUGUCCUUCUCCUCACCUUCUCCAGCCCUUCAGAGACCCUCUUGACGGCCCCCCAGCUCACAGUGAAUUCCAUAGGAGCGCACAGUCAACCUGUGGAACUCCUUGCCAGAGGAUGUGGUGAAGACUGGGACUUUAACAGAGUUCAAAAAAGAGCUAGAUAGAUUCAUGGAGAUUAG